GUCACUCCGGCGGUUAGAUUUGAAUACUUCGCAGACACUCUCAGGUCCCUGUGAAGUGACGUCUAAUUCAGAAGCAGCGCGCGGACCCCAAACAGGCGGCCCGUGGCGGAAAAAUCGUUUUCAGAAAUGGAUGGAAUGUCUUCAGAAGCUAAUGAAGAGAAUGACAAUAUACAGAAGCCUGUUAGAAGACGUCAUUCCUCAAUUUUGAAACCCCCAAGGAGUCCUCUUCAGGACCUCAAAUGUGGAAAUGAAACAGUUCAGGAAUCUAAUGCUCCAAAAACUAGAAAAAGCUCUCGUCGGGUCAGCUUUGCAGAUACUAUAAAAGUAUUCCAGACAGAGUCUCUUAUGAAAACAGAGAGAAAUGCAGAAUUUGCAGAGACAGAGGCAAGAAAAAAUGUGCAGACUCUACAGAAUAAGAAUUUAGAGGAUAAUUAUUGUGAAAUUGCUGGUAUGAACACAUUACUUUGUGCUCCUAUUCAGACCCAGAUACAACAAAAGGAGUUUUCAGCUAUAGACUACAACCAUGAAAGGAAGCAUGCAAAUGACCAGACAGUCAUUUUUUCAGAUGAAAACCAAAUGGACCUGACAGCAAGUCACACUGUGGUGAUUACUAAAGGCCUUUUAGAUUGUACCAAAAGUGAAAACUUCAAAAAGAUAGAUACUACAUCCUUUCUGGAAAAUUUAAAGCGUCAUGCUGAGAAUUCAAGAAUUAAAAAUGAAUUAGAAUGCCCCAUAAUUUCCAUAAGUCAAAAUACUUUCUCAGAAAAGAUAAAUUCUGACAAUUUCAUAAAGAGAUUGAAGACAGGAAAAUACAGUACUUCUAUUGAUAAGGAAAAUUCUGAGAUGCCUAUUUAUUCCAAAGAAUCAAACAGUGCCUCUUCUACAUAUCACAUGCAUGCAUCUCUUAAUGUAGAUGAAAAUACUAGUAAUAGGACUAAAAUCUUUAGAGAACAAGAUGAUGGGAUGAAUUUGACCCAGUGUCAUACAGGCUACAUUCAGACUUGGAUUCCUCCAUCCAGGGAGGACAAAUUAGGAGGAUUUCAAGGAGAUACUAUAAUUUAUGGCAAUGAGUGUAUGGAGUUGACAGCUAGCUCUACAAUACAGGUUUUACCAUCUGAAAGAGAAACUGAAACUCAAAAUGUCAUGAUGGAUGUUACAACACUUGAUGAAACUAAAGCUCCAGAGAAGAAAACAGUCCAUACGGAUAAGCUCAAUGCUGCUUUUCAAGCUUUUUUUCCAAACCCUGAAAAUAAAAUCCAUGUUACCAAAAGUCAUAAUAUGGAGUCAGAUACUCAUAUAGUCACACAGACUUUGAAUCAAAGUGUCAGCACAUUGGCUAAAGCCUCAGAAUCUAUAUAUUCUAGUCCAACUACUCAAGGUUAUAAGACAAUUUUUUAUUCUAGUAGCAAUGAUGCAAUGGAACUGACUAAGUGUCUAACAAGUAUGAGAGAAGAAAAAAAUUUGCUGAAGCCUCAUGUUAAUUAUACUAAAGUGUGUACCAAUCCAGUUGCUAGCCCACUAAUAGAGAAAACUAUUUAUUCAGAAGAGGAUAGCAUGGACAUUACCAAGAGUCACACAGUUAUAAUAGAUAAUGAGAUACUCAAACAAGAUGAAGAAAACACUAAAAAAGAAAUUACAGCUAUACCAGUCUUUGAAAAAGAGAUGAUUCUCCAAAAUCAUAUAACUAUGUCAGAAGAUAAGAAAGUGAAUGUAAAUUAUAUGUCAGUUCCUCAAGUAUCUAAGGAAAGAUUACAACAGAGCCCGACAAAUACUUUAUCUGUUUCCUUGGCUGACAGAAGGAUUGAACUCUUAGCAGCUGAAGAUAUGGAUUUGACCAUAAGUCACACAAGUAAGUUAAGAAAUCAAGUUAUUCCUACAAGUUUUGACUUAGCCUCAAAGAAUGUCACUAAAUCUUAUUCCCACAGCAAAAGCCCUUCAGAGGAGUGGGAAAAAAUGACCAAAAGUCUUACCCAACCUUUCCAGCAAACAAGCAUUGUAUGCAAAAACAUUCUAACUGACAUCCAAAGUAGAGAAAAACAUCCAGUUUUGAAGAUUUCAUCUUGUCUUGAUAAAAAGUCUCCUCUGUCAGUCGAUUAUAACCAGGACGUAACAACAAACCAUAAUAUAUCUUCUUCUGGCACAGCUCUGGAUAAACAAGUAAUGGUAGGACAUACAGUACAGGACCAGAAUUCUAACCCUCUAGGGCCACAGAGGAAAUACUUAGAUGAUCCCACACCUGACUGUUCUCAUAAUAAGACGGUAAUUUCUUCAGAGGAGCAACAAAUGGAUCUAACCAAGAGCCACACUGUUGUAAUUGGGUUUGGUCCUGAAGUACAAGAACAAAGUAAGUCUAAUUCAGAACACAGGAACAGCCAACUUACAACAGUAAACAGACAAAGAGAUGCGAACAUUUCUAUAGGAAAAACUAGAGUAGUAACAACUAAUGAUAUGGGCACCUUAAAGGACAGAAGUAUACAGAAGCCUGAAUUUCUGAAGGAAAAGCAAAAUAUUGAAAUUAAUGGAAGAAAAAGUGUUUGUGGGCUAAAAAUUGAUAAAACUAUUUUAUUUUCAGAGGAUAAUGAGAAUGAUAUGGAUAUCACCAGGAGUUACACAGUGAAAAUAAACCAUAGAUCUUUAUUAGAUAAACCUGUGGCAGAUACUUCUAAAACCAUUCUGUAUGCAUGUGGACAGGAUGAAAUGGAAAUUACUAGAAGUCACACAACUGCUUUAGAAUGUAAAAUUAUUUCACCAGAUGAAAUAAUGCCUAGCUGCCUAGAUAAGACUGUGAUGUCUACAGAAGGCCAUGAAGAACUAGAAAUGACAAAGUCCCAUACUGUUUUCAUUGACUAUCAAGCAGGGGCAAAAGGUGUGUUUCCAGAAAGACCUAACUUUGAAUUAUCCAAGGAUGAACACCUGCAGAAGCCAAAAGGGAUGCCUACUCCUGAUGUAGAGAUUGUCUCCAUUUCAAAAAGUAGUGAAAGCAACCAUCCAACAAAAGGUAGCCAACAAAUUGUACUGGAGGAAGGGUCUCAUAGUGGGCCUAGAGAAGACACUAAUGAUGCGUCUAAAUUAGUCACUUGGAAAAAUGCCAGUGAUGUACAAAAACCUGGAUUUCUGCAUGAACUUCUGUCAGGCAAAACUCAGACACAAAAAAGCCUUAGGCUCAAAAACAACAAGACCAUUAUGUUUCCAGAAAAUGAUAAAAAUCAUAGAGAUACCACUCAGAAUUCUGUGGUGAAAACAAGUAAUGAAAUUAGCCCGGAAGGUGGAGAGGACCUCAGUUUUGUGCCAUUGUCAGGAACUUCUACACCAGUUUUGUCUGCAGACAGUCCAAAGGACAUGGAGAUCUCUAAAAGUCAAACCACUGUUUCAGAAUAUAAAACUGACCCAGCAGAUGAAAUAACUACUAUACCUACAGACAAAACUGUAAUGUUUGUAGAUAAUUUUGGUGAUCUGGAUGUUACCAAGUCUCAUACUGUUUUCAUUGAUUGUCAAGCCAAAGACAAAGUACUUCAUGAAUGUACUAAAUCGGGAAUGUCAAGAACAAAAGGCUUGAAUGAUCUUGAAGGUGAUACUUGUAUUCAAGAAGCAUCAUAUUCUAUAGUUACAUCUAAUGUUUCAUGUUUUAGUAAUGUCAAAUCAAGUCUGAGUAAUUUGAAUAGAAAAACUGAGGAGGUUUUAGACUUUCAGACUGUUCAUAUAUUACCUCCUGCAGAACAGUUGCUUGAAGUAGGAGAUCAUGCACAUAGUAACAUGAGUAUACUGCAAGCUACAGGAAUAUAUAACCUAGAUUCCAAUGAUGGUAGAGAUGAAGAAAGUAAAAAUCUUCAUAAUGGAGCUGAAACUGCUUCUGUACCACCAAAGGCAGUUGUCAAAGACAAAACAAGAAGAUGUUCAUUGGGAAUCUUUUUGCCCAAAUUACCAAGCAAGAGAAAUUGUAAUAUCACUGGUGUUGAUGACCUGGAGCAGAUCCCAACAGAUGCAGCUAACUUAGAUCCCUUAGAAACUCAGCCAGCCUCUAGUAAAGAUUCAGGCAUUGGAUCUGUUGCAGCCAGACUGGAUUUGAGUCCAUCUCAGUAUAUAAAUGAGGAAAAUCUCCCUGUAUAUCCUGGUGAGAUUCUUUCCUCUGAUUCUAUUAGCCUAGACAUGGAAGAAAAGGCUCAGAUUGACACAUACUGUAAAGAGAGUUUACUAUCUGAAAACAAGAUAGAAACUUGCAGUGCCCAGAAAAGAACCUGGGUACAAGAAGAUGAUAAUGUUACAAAUGAGAAAAAAAUCAGAACAUACGAUACUACACAAGAUCAGGAGAGUUUUGAUCAUCAUACUGAAGGGGAUAUCAAUAAAAAUGUCAACAAUGCAUUGAUAAGAAGCCUGAGCAGGACCCCAUCUAGUUGCAGCAGCGAUCAGGAUUCAAUCAAGGCUGAUGGAAUCUCUCUGGAUGUCAGCACACAACGCAAUAGCCAAAUGGAAUCGCAGUUUCUCAGUGACAGUAUCUGUGAAGAGAGUUUGAGGGAGAAACUCAAGGAUGGACAAAUUACAAUAAAGGAGUUCUUCAUACUUCUUCAGGUCCACAUUUUAAUACAGAAACCCAGGCAGAGCAAUCUCCCAGCCAAAUUUACUAUAAACACAUCACCUACCCCAGAAGAUCUGAUGUUGAGACAGUAUGUUUAUGGACCCAAGAUACAGAUUUACAGAGAAGAUUGUGAGCUUCUUCGCCAAAAGAUUGAAGAAUUAAAGAUAUCUGCAUUGAACCAAGAUAAACUAUUACCUGAUGUAAAUAGGAACUUGUGGGAAAAAAUGAAAGACUACUCUGACGAAGAGCUAAAGACCUACGGGAUUUACCUUAACAAAAUAAAAUCACGUUAUACCAAGAUGACGAAAGUCUUCACUCACCAAGGAAAAGUGGCUCUGUAUAACAAAUUGGUGCAUUCAGCUGAGAAUGAGGAGAAGAAACUUCAGAUAAAAAUAAAUGAGAUGGACAACAUACUUAAGAAGAUCAGUAAUUGUCUCACUGAAGUGGAAAUAGAAACUAGGAAUUUGGAGAAUGAAGAGAAAGAUGACCCUAUGGAAGAAUGGGACUCUGAGAUGAAAGAUGCAGAGAAAGAACUAGAACAGCUGAAAGCUGAAGAGGAGGAACUCCAAAGAAAGUUCUUAGAAGUGGAGGCACAGAAAACACAGACCCUUGCUCAGAUAGAGUUUAUAAAAGAACAAACAAAUAAAACUGAAGACUUACUGGAUCAAGCAAGUUUUUCUGAGUGGGAUGUCAUUGAGUGGAGUGAUGAUCAAGCUUUAUUUACCUUUGUUUAUGACUCAAUAGAGCUUACCAUCACCUUUGGAGAACCAGUUGUUGGUCUCCCUUUCUUGGACAAGGAUUACAGGAAGAUUAAUGAGCUCAGUUUUCAGUCUCUGUUAGAUGAAGAUAAAGCUCCUCCUUCCUCCCUUUUAGUUCAUAAACUUAUUUUUCAGUACAUUGAGGAACAGGAUUCCUGGAAGAAGACAUGCACAACACAACAUCAGGUACCCCAGAUGCUUCAAGAAUUCUCACUGGUAGUGAACCGUUGCAGACUUCUUGGAGAGGAGAUUGAAUUUUUAAAGAGAUGGGGGCCAAAUUAUUGCCUAAUGGAUAUAAACAUGAAUAAUACUGAAUUGAGACUUUUAUUCUCCAGUUCUGCAGCAUUUGCAAAAUUUGAGAUAACUUUUUCUCUCUCAGCCCAUUAUCCCUUGGCCCCACUACCAUUCACCAUUCAAAAUCACCUUGGGAACACUGGCCAUGAAGAAAUUGCUGCAAUUAUAUCUAAAGUGCCUUUAGAGGACAACUACCUGAAGAAUGUAGUCAAGCAAAUUUACCAAGAUGUACUUAAGGACUGAAACUUUUACCAUAAGACUCACAGAUCACAGCUGUAACAACUAAGGAAAAAUGCUUUACCCAGGCAUAGAGGUGUACUCUUGUAAUCAAAGGACUCGGGUGAGAUAAGAUCACAAGGUCAAGGCCAGCCUGGGCUGCCUAUGAGACCUGGUGGAAAAACAGACAAACAGAAAAAGUACUUAAAUGAUACAUUAGGGUCACCAUUGCUGUUUAUCCUUUGUUUUAACAUCAUAUAAAACUAGCAGAAUGCCUCCUGAUGACAUCACAGUUAAUUUGUAUCAUUAUUUUUAAAAUACCAUGUAUCGACUUGCUUAUCCUUAUACUAAAGGUAAAGUGAUAAGACAUGUGGGAAAUUUGCCAUAAUGUAACUCAUGUAACUCACCGGUAGAGCACUUACCUUGUGUGCAUGAAGCCCUAGGGUUAAUGCCACAAAAACAAUUCUUAAUAGUGGUGAUCUUUCCCUUACUGUAAGCUCUAAGGAAUAACUUGUCAGAGAAGAUAGGACUUCUGACACAAAGAUUUACCCAUUUUCUCCUAUUUAGAGCUUCUGUAUUUUUAUGACGUUUGCCUAGCAGAUGUGUCUAAAGUAGAAACAUGUUGUCAUCUUGUGGUACUGUAACAGGAGGAUGACUUGAUCUCAUGACUUCAAGACCAGUAUGGUUAGCAUAGUGAGAUUUGUCUCAAUAAAAACAAUAGAAUGUCUCUAUCCAUAAACUACUCAUCCUCUUUCUCCACUUCAGAAAUGCUAUGAAGAGAAAGCAGAAACACUUAGCUAUUGGAAUGAUUGCCAUCUUUUCUUGAGAGUCUUGGUUUUUUUUCUGCAGUGCCUAUUAAUGUUUUCUAAAAUAUACUCCUUCUAAGGAAAAUUCAUUCAUUUUUUUCAUAUUAUGUAAAUAUUUGAAUGUUUUUGCAUUUGUGAUAUAUGUAGUAAAGAGAUAAUAUGCCUUCAGUGUAGGCUAUUUCCUUCUCUGUAAAGCAUACUUUACAGCUAGAAUUUUAAU